AUAGACACAAACUAGAUAAAUAUUAUGGUAUAUUGCUUUUAACAUGUAUUAACUAUUAUGAAUAUUUUUCAAGGAAACUCCAUAUGACCAUCGAUUUGUACAACAGACAAGUUGUCACAUGACGAGAUUCUAAAUACACCUGUUUUUGUAGCCACUUCAACCGCUAACUUAGCCUGCGAGAAAGGAAGCUGGCCAUUGGCAGCCAGCUCGUUAUCAUCCGCCGCUGCUAUCUACCUUCGCUAGCUAGCUUAAUGGCUAGCAUUGGUUCCAUGUCGUGACAGUUAUAUAAAUUGUUAAUUCGUCACCUUUUAUUCACACUUUCUUCCCCUUCCCCUAUUCCCCCACACGCGUUUACUUUCACUACGUUUUCGUGGCUGACAAGGAGAAGGGAAAUUGAUUGUUUCCCCCCCAAAAUCUCCACUGUUGGGAGCCAAUGUCGCCCUGUGGAGGCUCAGGGAAGUGGACAGGCUGAAAGAGUGAGCGCGCCCAAGUCAGCUCUGUGACUCCUGGCAAAAGAAGGGAAGAAGGCAAAAAGAACAGACGGACACGCCCACGUCCACGUUGGUCCCUUUUUAGCAGAUUUCAGACGAGUCAGAUAGCCAAGCUGUUGCCAUGUCGACGUCUUCGCUACGCCGGCAAGUGAAGAACAUUGUGCAUAAUUAUUCUGAGGCAGAGAUAAAGGUCAGAGAAGCGACCUCAAAUGACCCGUGGGGGCCCUCCAGUUCUCUCAUGUCCGAAAUUGCAGACCUAACAUACAAUGUUGUGGCCUUCUCAGAGAUUAUGAGCAUGGUGUGGAAGAGACUGAAUGACCAUGGCAAGAACUGGAGACAUGUAUAUAAAGCGAUGACGCUGAUGGAGUACUUGAUAAAGACAGGCUCUGAGCGGGUGGCCCAGCAGUGCAGAGAGAACAUCUAUGCGGUCCAGACCCUCAAAGACUUUCAGUACAUCGACAGAGAUGGCAAAGACCAGGGGGUGAAUGUAAGAGAAAAAGCCAAACAGCUGGUGACGCUACUGAAGGACGAGGAGAGACUUCGGGAGGAGAGGAUCCACGCGCUCAAGACCAAAGAAAAGAUGGCCCAGACCAGCAGUGCCUCCUCUGCUCCCUCAGCUCCGGGCCUCGGGGCGGGCGGCCUGGCCGUGCAGACGGGGCCGGACGGCGAGCAGGCGUGGCCGCAGAGCUCCGGCGAGGAGGACCUCCAGCUGCAGCUGGCGCUGGCCAUGAGCAAAGAGGAGGCGGAGCAGCCCAACUCUACCCCUCUGGAGGAUGCCGAGCUCACCUAUGCAAUCGCUCUCAGCCAGAAGUUACAAGAAAAGGAGGAGCGCCUGCGCAGGGGAGACGACCUGAGACUGCAGAUGGCCAUCGAGGAGAGUAAGAGGGAGAAGGCCGAGCCUAAGGAGAGCUCCCUGAUGGAGUUGGGUGCUGUUGACCCGUGGGGCGCUCCUGCCGCCCCGACGACAUUGGGUUCUGCCGGGCAUUCCCCUCCCCCCACAGCAGCCCCGGCCCCUGCCCCUGCCGCCGGGCCCUGGGGGGCGGCAGACCCAUGGGCGGCUGCCUCGCCCUCUUCCCCCCCUGUAGAUCCCUGGAGCGGGGGCCCGCCUAAGAUAGAGCCCCCUCCAGACCCGUGGGGAGACUCCGGCAGAGCCAACUCCGACCCGUGGGGAUCAACAACUGUGACCCCUCCCAGUGCGGACCCCUGGGGGACCUCAGUGGCCCCAGCCCCGGCCCCUGUAGCUCCCGCGUCAGGUGACCCCUGGGCUGCGGACGGGCUUGCCCCUGUCACUGACUCCCUCACCUCUGAUCCCUGGAGCCUUCCCACCAAACAUACCAAUGGCACAGGAGAUCAAGAGAGAAGAGGCUCCUCCGCCGGCGACGGGAGCAAAGGUAGCACAGGCUCCCCGGUGCCCUUUGACCUCACCUCGCUGGGCUCCACCCUGCCCGUGAGGAAGACGCCCGAGUCCUUCCUGGGGCCCAACGCGUCGCUGGUGGACCUGGACUCUCUGGUGUCCUCCAAGCCCAAACCCAAACAGCAGCCUCCUCCCACUCUCUCCAACUCCUCCACAAACAACCCCUUCCUACAGACACAGGGCCCAUCCCCGGUCCCUGGUAUGGCCGUCACCCCGGGCAGUACCAUCUCCAGCAGGGGGGUUUCCCCCACCCCUCCUCCGACCUCCAACCCCUUUGGCUCGACCUCCAUGGCGUCAAUCUCCCCACAGCCUUCUUCGCUUGGCCUGAGCCAGCUGCGCACCAGCCCGGUCCCACCGAACCCCAUGCUGGGUCACAUGCCCCCCCCAAGCCUGGGAAUGGUUCCGCCCGUGAUGGGCAUGCCUGGGAUGGGUGUCCCCAUGGUGCCCCCCGGCAUGGGCAUGGGAAUGGUGCAGUCGAGCCCGAUGGGGAUGCCCUUCAGUGGGAUGUCCCCCAUGGCCCCACCAGGGAAUGCCCACUUCAUGGGCGCCGGGAUGCCCGGUCAGCCCCCAUUGAUUUUGGGCGGGUCGGCGGGAGUGGGGGGCGUGAUGGGUGCUGGGGGCGCAGUGGGGGGAGGCGGGGCCACUGGAGCGAGCACCAAUCCCUUUCUUCUCUGAGGGCGUCCCACACUCCCUCUGUACCCUCCACAGCUCCAGCCCCUCAUCACAAACAGUUUAUGUGUCUGAAAACAACAACAAAAAUACAGAAUUACAUGUACAUCUCUAUAUUUAAAAAAAAAAAAAUAAGAAAAGAAA